UCUAAUAAUAAUAACCACAACAAGGAAAUGGAUGAUGAUCCAACUUAUGUUCACUUUAGAAUGCUAUGUCUAGUUAAAGAGGCCUCCCUUAUAGUUGGAAAAGGUGGUGAGAAAAUAAACCACAUCAAAGAACAUUCAAACGCAAGAGUCAAUGUCUCUGAAAAUCUCAAAGGCGUUCAAGAAAGAAUUGUUCACGUUAGAGGUUCUGCCGAAAAUGUUGCAAAGGCCUUUGGUUUAAUAAUAAGAGCCAUUGUUGAUGAACCAGAAGAUAUACCUUCUUCUCCUGACUCCAAGCAAUUCAACUUGAAACUUUUAAUCGCUCAUCAAGUUAUCGGUUUUGUUAUUGGUAAAGGUGGUGCUAAAUUUAGAGAAAUCGAAGACAAAUCUGCUGCUAAGUUAAAAGCCUCUGAAACUCCUUUACCUUUCUCAACUGAUCGUUGUUUAAGCGUUAUUGGUGUUGCUGAUGCAAUCCAUAUCGCCACUUAUUUUGUUGCUCAAUGUAUUUAUGAAAACAAAAAACUUUUUCACAAACAAAGAACUGUGCAAUAUCAACCAGGCGGUGGCUCAGUGGGUUUCAACCCUAUGAAUCAAUUGAAUAUUCCUUUGAAUCAAUUAAACAAUCCCUUGAAUUUAAAUAACCCAUCUCAAAAUAACCCCUUAAACAAUUCAAAUCAUUCAAAUAAUAACCCAAACAACUUCAAUUUACUAUCAAAUUUAAACCCAAUGAUGGGCACGAUGGGCAUGAUGAAUUCAAUGAACCCAAUGGGCUACUUGAAUCCUUCAAGCAAUAUCAGAUUACCUCACAAUAACAACUCUCACAACCAUAAUCAAGCAAAUGCUCAAACACAAGAAAUUUUGAUACCAAAUGAUCAUGUCGGCUCAAUCAUUGGUAAAGGUGGUAAAAAUAUUAGAGAAAUUAGAGAUAAAUCUGGUGCUCAAAUUAAAAUUAGCGAUCCAGAUUUAAAGAAUCCUACUGAGAGAAAGAUUAUUCUAACUGGUAACUAUCCUUCAAUUCAAACUGCUAUUUAUUACAUUAACAAUAGAAUUGAAAUU